AUGGCUGCGAUGAAGUUCACACAUGCAAUUGUUUGUCGAAUUCCUCAGUCAUUCCGUACGAAAUGCGACGUGAAUUUAGACGAAGCCAAGAAACAACAUGAAAUUUUUGUCAAAUUGCUUAGAGAACUCGGAUUGGACGUUAUUGAACUUCCGCCUGAUGAAAAUUUACCGGAAAGUGUUUAUGUAGAAGAUACAGCUAUAGUUUUAAAUGGAAGCGUUUUGAUCACACGUCCAGAAACAGGUCGAUUAAAAGAACUUGAAACAAUAAGAUCAGUUUUUAAAAAAGAAUUGGAUCUCCCGAUAAUCGACAUAAAAGAUACGGAAGCUAAAUUGGACGGAGGUGACGUACUUUUCACCGGUCGAGAAUUUUUCAUAGGACUUUCCGACAAAACAAACGAAGCCGGAGCAAAAGCAGUGGCAGCAGCUUUUCCAGAAUAUUCAUGCAUUCCAAUAAAUGUUGAAGAAGACUACAGAUUGAAAAAUUUGGUUUCCGUUGCCGGACCGGAUUUACUUUGCGUUGCUGCCACGAAACCAGCUCAGGAUUUGCUUAAGAGAAUAGAAAGAGAAACGGAAUACAACUACAGCACUUUAACAGUACCCGAAGAAGCAGCUGCCAACGUUCUCUACGUCAACGGAACCCUAGUUCAUCGCUCUCAACAAGAAAUACCAGAAUCUCAUGGAAUAUUCGAAGAAAAAAUCGACUACGACAGGAGACCGGUUAACAUGUCUGAAUUAUCGAAAUUGGGUCAUUCGCUGUCAUCCUGUUGUUUACUUUUGAGACGAUCAAAACAUAUAAAAUAUUUAUAA